AUGAGUCGUAAAAGAGUACACGAUGAAGAGGAGGGCUAUGAACGUGUAUAUAAGAAGCGUAGGAGGGUAUCAGAGAAUCAAGAGAUUGAAGAUCGUCUUGAAUCUCUUAUCUUACGAGUUGGAGAGAAAUCAACGUCAUCUUUGGAAAGUAACUUAGAAGGUUUGGCUUCUGUAUUAGAAGCUGACCUGGGUUUAUUCCGCAGCAAAAUACUUCGAAUUUUAACAGAUUGUGCUAUUAAAAUGCCAGAAAAAUGUACAAUUUAUACUACACUUGUCGGAUUAUUAAAUGCAAAGAAUUUCAAUUUUGGUGGAGAAUUUGUCGAUUAUAUGGUGAAAAAUUUCAAGGAUUCUUUGAAAGUAUGCAAAUGGGAUGUAGCUAGAUAUUCCCUUAGGUUUCUAGCUGAUUUAGUAAAUUGCCAUGUUCUGUCAUGUGGAUCAUUGAUGCAACUGUUUGACAAUAUGCUGGAUGCUGCCAAUGAAGAUGGUGUACCACAAGUGAGACGUGAUUGGUAUGUUUAUGCUGUUUUGUCGACAUUGCCAUGGGUUGGCAGAGAAUUGUAUGAAAAGAAAGAGCAAGAAUUGGAGCAUUUGAUGGUAACCAUAGAAAUAUUUUUAAAUAAACGAAGUAAGAAACAUCAACCAGCAUUGAGAGUUUGGUCGAGUGACACUCCUCAUCCACAAGAGGAGUACUUGGACUGUUUGUGGGCUCAAGUUCGCAAGUUGAGACAAGACAAUUGGGCUGAGAAGCACAUUCCUCGCCCAUAUCUUGCGUUCGAUUCUAUUCUGUGCGAGGCAUUACAGCAUAAUUUGCCACAAUUAAUGGCGCCUCCGCAUCACGAAUCUUAUUCCUACCCAUUACCCACUGUCGUCUUUCGUAUGUUUGAUUAUACAGAUUGCCCCGCUGAAGGGCCAUUAUUACCAGGAAGCCAUGCUAUCGAGAGAUUUUUGAUAGAAGAACACCUACGACAGAUUAUUAACAAUUAUUACUUUGAGAGAAAAGAUUGUGCUGCUCAACUACUAAACUUCCCAUUCAAAGCCAAAAUCCCCUUAGACUACUGUAUAGUUGAAGUAAUAUUUGGUGAAUUGUUUAGACUACCUGCUCCAAAGCACUUGGAGAUUUGCUAUGGAUCGAUUCUGAUUGAGCUUUGUAAAUUACAACCUUCGACAAUGCCACAGGUACUGGCGCAAGCCACAGAAAUUCUAUUUCGCCGUAUAGACAGUAUGGCGGCUACUGCUUUCGACCGUUUCGUCUGGUGGUUUGCUUAUCAUUUAAGCAACUUUCAAUUCCGUUGGUCGUGGGAGGAUUGGGACUCUUGUUUGCAACGCGACCCGGAACAUCCAAGACCAAAAUUUAUAAGGGAGGUCUUGCUUAAAGCUUUAAGAUUGUCAUAUCAUCAAAGGAUUCGAGACAUGAUGCCAGAUUCAUACACGGAAUUAAUUCCAGCGAUUCCCGACCCCGUGUACAAAUACACAUCUGAAGGUGCUAGUUCUCUUCCAGGUACAGCCGCAGCUCAUGAAUUGGUAGUCUCUAUAAGACGUAAAUGUACACCGGAAGAAGUGUUGAACGUAUUGAAUACAUUGCCCGGUCCUAGGGAAAAUGAAGAAACGAAUAAUUUUAAUCCUCUAAAGAUCGACGUCUUUGUACAGACGUUAUUGAACCUUGGCUCCAAAAGUUUCAGUCACAGUUUUGCGGCUAUAGUUAAAUUUCAUUAUGUUUUCAAGGUGCUUGCUGAAACGGAAGAAGCACAAAUUUGUAUAUUAAGAAAUAUGUAUGCAUUAUGGAAGAAUCACUACCAAAUGAUGGUGGUAUUAACUGACAAGUUUUUAAAAACUGGCAUUAUUGAAUGUAGUGCUAUCGCAAACUGGAUAUUUUCCAAAGAAAUGGCAUCAGAGUUCACAAAAUUAUAUAUUUGGGAGAUAUUGCAUCUGACAAUACGUAAGAUGAAUAAGCAUGUGAUGAAGUUAAGCACAGAGUUAACGGAAGCUAGAGAGAAAUUGAGGAGAGCAGAGAGUAGGUCGGGAUCAUCUUCGGAGGAUGAAGAUAACAAUAAGGAUAGAAAUAGAGAAAGACCGUCGGAAGAUGUAGUGGAACGAAUGGAGGAAAAGUUGGAAGCAGCACAAGCGGACCAAAAAAAUUUAUUCCUCAUCAUAUUCCAGCGGUUUAUAAUGAUUCUCUCGGAACAUUUAGUACGUUGCGACACAGAUGGAAUUGAUUAUAAUACGCAUUGGUAUAAAUGGACAAUAGGAAGAUUACAGCAAGUCUUUUUAUCGCAUCAAGAGCAAGUACAAAAGUAUUCUUCGACUUUGGAGACCCUGCUUUUCACCCCAGACCUGGAUCCUCAUAUUUUAGAUGUAUUCCAUCAAUUUGUCUCUUUACGAGCAUGAAAGAACUUACAUCUAAAAGAAUAUUUCAUUUAUUUUACUUGUGUAGACAUACUAUCAUAAAAAAUGAAAAAUAGAUUUUUU